ACCGGAAGUGGGUCGCGUUUCCAAGAUGGCGACUCCCUAUGUUACUGAUGAAACCGGAAAAUACAUCGCAUCCACACAGCGCCCAGAUGGUACCUGGAGAAAACAAAGACGGGUGAAAGAAGGCUAUGUUCCCCAAGAAGAAGUGCCAGUGUAUGAGAAUAAAUAUGUGAAGUUCUUUAAAAGCAAGCCAGAGUUACCUCCAGGCUUGAAUCCAGAAGUUCAGACGCCUGUGGCCCGUCAAACGUCAAAGGGACCCGAGGGUGGAGAGACGGGACUCUCCAAGACCGCUAAGAGGAACCUCAAACGGAAGGAGAAGAGAAAACAGCAGCAUGAAAAAGGGGAUCGAGACACCGAUGACCUGAUUCAGUCUCUAGAGAAAACAACCUUAUCGGCGACACCGAGCAGUUGCGGGGAUGGUAAGCUGGCCGUGUCUGAUGCCAACCCAAGAACCCCUGCUGGCAGCAGGGAUGUCUCUUCAACUUCUGCCACCUUAGAGAAGAACAAGAAAGUUAAAAACCUGAAAAAGAAACUACGGCAGGUGGAGGAUCUGCAGGCGCGGAUUGACUCUGGGGAGAUCAAGCAGCCGACCAAAGAGCAGUUAGAGAAGCUGGCUCGACGGAAAGCUUUGGAAGAAGAACUUGAGGACCUGGAACUGGAUUUGUAAAGGGUUGGAAUAUCAACCGGACCUAGUGUGCUUAGGAACAAACCGUCCCCUGGGGAAACAUUCUCAGAACUGCAACAAAAAGACCAGAAGAUGGUGAUGUCUUCAGCCUUCUCCUUUGUACCAUUAUUUUAUUUUAUGUUGGUGCUGUCUGAAUUUUUAAAAGUAUUUCUCCCAGCUGUUGAUGUGUUAGCUAUCUAGGACUUCUUUAAGGCAACAACUUUGCCACCUAGUUCUUUCCAGUUUCUUCCUCCCCUUCCCACUUCCAUUCUUAUUCCAGGUGGGUGGGUGAAAUGUCAUUUCACACCGAGGGGAUGACUUUCAGAGGCACCUGACCAGGGGGAGCAAUCUGUCUUUUCCUCCUGCCAUUGUAUUAUAUUCAACAUUUUCACGUUCUCUGUAACAAUCACAUGGCCUUCCAUCUUCUCUUCCUCCUCAUUUUGAAAAAAGGAUGCAAUAAUAAAAAUUGCAGUAGUGACCUCUGACUCUAGGACAUCUGUGUUUUCCUCCCCAAUGCACUUCUUCUUCUUCUUUUUCUUUUUUUAAAGUCUUCUGUAUGAUAUUAGCAAUUUUAUAGGCUUCCCUUUCUUUGGCUGGUGGAUGCAGCCCAGUGUCAAAAGCGGUUUGUGAUAGAUGUGAAAAAAGGCAAAAGGGACAGUAGCUCAGUCAUGGAACAUAUGUUUUAUACACAGACAUUCUGAAGUCUGAUCCCAGUUAUCUUCAGAUUGGAAGAAAAGUCCUGCUUGACGCCUUGGGUGGCCACUGUCAAUCGGUCUUAACAUUGCUGAUCUCUCAGUGCUCUGGUUUAGCUAAGGCAGCUUCCAGGCUGGGGCUGCAUAACUUGCCCCUUGGGGCUAAAAUUGAAUGAUUUGUAAUGGAGCUUGUUGCAUGAGCCUAGACCUUGUCUUAUGUUGUGUGAUCCAGACUAUCAAACUUAAGCAGCACAAUUUAUUUCCUUAGUCAUAUCUGGAAAGCAAAUCUGCUUGAUUACCAGGUGGCAGAAGAGAUCAAUCUAAUCAUUGUCCAGAGUUUUUGCAUCCCAGGUAAAAUCUCCCUGGACAUAACAAUUGUGCUUGAUUAAAUAAGAGCUGGAUGUUUUGUGUAAAUCUGGUUCCUGUGUGUGUUUCAUGUUAAGGGAUUAUUAGAAAUAGACUCGAUAAUAAAUGUGUGGAUAUGGUGUGAUCAUCCUCGGUGUAGUGGGCACAGUUCUUGUCCCUUUCAGAUAACAGGAAAGUUAAACUUGGGGAAAAGUGAAGAGAAGGGCAAAAUAAAGAGGUAUCUUCAAUUUAAAUAAAAAUCCAAGGGCUUCCUAGCCAAGAUAACUAAAUUCUUUUUCUCUCUCCCUUUCUCCCUCUCUCUCUCUCUCUCAUUUCUAUAUUAGAACAGCGGUCAUGAAUUUCCACAGCCGAAGACCAAUUUUGCAAAUGGAUUCACUUAAAACAUAGGACCAAAUUUUAAGGGAGGAAAUGAUCAAUCCUGGGGUGACCAAAAGCUACGCUUAACUUUUGGAGUAAUAGCAAUAAAGUCUACCAAGAAAAUAGCAGUUGUAUAAAAUAUGGGUAGCUGUGUUAUAGACAUGGCCAGGGCAAAUAUUUUCUGUUUGUUAGUUUUUUGUGGGAUGUUCUUUGAUGCUGAAAACUGUUAUUUUAUUUAUUUAUGUAUUGAUUGAUGUCAUACCUUUCACUCAGCAACUCAAGGUGUCACACAAUACGCCCUCUUUCUAGUUUUCCCCACAGCAGCACUGUGGCUUAAACUGCCAUUUUUAUAUAUUCUCCAACUCGCAUGGCAGAAAGCUGAGACUGAGUAACUUAGUUGGAAGAACUUUUUAAAAAAAUGUGUGGUUUUAUACACACACACACACACACACACACACACACACACACACACACACACACACGAACGGUUGAGGCUGCAAAUGACCAUACAGUACGUGAUAUCUUCCUGGUUAUGGGAAAGAACUGCAGUUUAAUCAUAUUAUAUCUAGAUAUGUUAAUAUGCUAAAAUAUUUUCAUUGAUGUCAGAGGAUCUUUCAUGUGUUCUAACUGGAAUGUGUAUUUGGUUUAAGAAAACAAAAUUUAAUUUCACACUCCUAGUUUAAAUUGAGAGAGAUUUCUCUUUCUGUCUCUUAACUAACACUGGCAUGAGCAAAGUGCAGCCUCUGUCCCAGUCUCUGAGCAAACAUUGAAGCUUUCCAGGUACCCACUGAGUUACACUGAAAUUGCCAAAGGCAGAAGAUGAGAAAGAAGCAAGGGAGUUUAAAAAAAAAUUAGGCUAAAGUUUCAGCCAUGAAAUCAGCGCUGCAGUUCAAAGUCAGUGUCAAGAAAUAGAGUGUACACUGAAUGUUUUUUAUUAGUGGUAGGUACCGUUGGUGUCGGAUUGCACCUCCUGUUUAGGAACAGGGGAAAAAAACAGCAGCAGCUGCUCCUACAACUGUGUAAAAACAAAGGACAGUAACAUUGUCCUUUGCUGGAUUAGGGGUUUUGUUACCUUUAUCCAGCAGGUGGUGCUAAAAGGUCUUAUUAAUAGUGCAAUUGUGUCUGCUCAGCUACUUCAAUAUGGUAUCGUGUUUUUUUUCUUGAAGCCACCACUUCACACACAUGCUAAUAUGCCUUUAGAUCAGGGGCGUCUAACCAUGGCAACUUUCAGACCUGUGGACUUCAACCCUAGAGUUCCCCAGCCAGCUAGCAUACUGCUUUAGAUGGACUACCAAAAACGUGUCCCUCAGGGUAAAACACACACACACACUGAAUGACAAAUUUGCAAGUCCCUUUUUAGGCCAACAUGCCUGGCCAAGGCGUUCAUGCAUAACUAACCUAGAUCCCAUCCCAGACUGGUUUUUCCAUAUUCCACUGUAGUCUAGAUGCAGGUCACUGAGCUUAUGGCUGAGAGUAAAAAGAAUAACUGCAUCACUUGAAAAACUAGCUCAUUGGAGCCAAUGAAUAGCUCAAAUGAGAGCCACUCAUUGGACAGAUGAGAACUCAGGAUAGUGUUGCCUCUACUACUAGGGAGGAUCGGAGGUGGGGGCAGGACAGGACCCCUUCUAGCAAGCCUUGGUUCCAACUAUCAUCAGCCUUUCCAAUUGUAGCCAAUAGUCAGGAACACCACUUCUUGUGGUGAAAACGAAUUGGAGAACACCACAUGGUUCCCAAAUAUCCUUUAUCUGUUGUUUACCCAGCUGUCCUUUUGUUUCACACAGAAAGAUUAAAGGAUCACCUGGAGAAGCUUUAGGGAGACAUCAAAAACACAGCUGCUACUGUUGUUCCCCUCCCAUUGUCUCUCUCCUAACAAGGUUUGUAUCUUUCUCUAAUUUGUACUAGGAGCAGAAGGUGGCUGAUAAGUUUGAUGAAAUGCAUGUUAAUGAAAGCUAUAGUCCUUAGACAAAACUUCCAGGAGUUAUUAUUCUUCCAACUCUAUGAUCUGUUUUCCUUGGUCUCUGGUGAAUUCUAUUUUCCUUCAUUUUGAUUGUACUCCAUGUCGAGUAAUUUUAAACAAAGGGUAAUUUUUUGCAAUGUUACCCUUGUGGUUUUUAAACUUUCUUUCAAGAAGCUCACUCUCCUGCUGACAGAGUCCUUUGCAGCAGGCGGGUGGGUGGGUCAAAAUGCUGUAACCCAAAAGCACAAAAGUUGGCAGGCUUACGGAUUCUGGUUGAAAAAUAAAGUCAAGUCUUGCAA